AUGGACACGGUGGGGCCAGACCACCCUGUCAAUGUUGCAUUAGAGGUGUGCGUAAAGUUCAAGAUGGCAGCUUGUUUGCAAUUUUGUGAAAACCUUUGACGACCCCUUCAGUGCUGUAAAUGUGAUCUACUGAAACUGGGAGUGGCAGCAGUAUAGAGCAGGUCAAUAAUCUUUACAGUGAGCUCAAAGGUGCCGUAGCUGCAUUAGAUAGCAAAUACACCCAUUGUAGAGGAAGAGUUUUGACGUGCAAAGAUUAA